ACUGGAGAAAAGGAAAUGAGCAAAUUAAUUCGUGUUGCUUUCCUUGUUAUCCCUACUGGUACAUUUUUCGAAUAUGAUCGAUGUCAGGUAAUUGGUAUUAGUAUUGAAAAGGAUGCACCA